AUGAGAAUAGUGGGAGGAGAAACGCUAUGUUCGUUCAACGAAACAAGAUACAGUGAACCGAUGCCAUGGAUCGGCUUGUACGUCACAGCAGCUUCUAUAGCUUGCUUUCUCGCCAUGACAGGUGAUGUCGUUUCCGGGUUCCGCAAUCGAAAACUCUGGAUACCAUGCAGAUUCUUCUCGCUCAAUGCCACUUCCUUGAUCCUUAUAUCAAUCGCGACGAAGUUGCCCGUGGAUCUGAACACUCUAAUGCCUCAGCUUCCGGAUCAGCUCACAAAACUCAGUGGCACCGUCUUGAUUUGCACGACGAUGGCCAAUUUCAUGCCAUCUUUAGGAACAAUGGAAGACUCCCAGGUGAUCUUGAAUGUCGUCCCAUUGGGAAUUCUGGUCAUCACGAUAAUCGUCAAUGUCUGCAUUGAGAUGGUUACCGGCGUAAUUUUCACCUUUCUGCUGGAACACAUCAUAAUCCUGUUUUUCAUGCUAAUCAUGCUCCUGAUUUUCUGUUCCUCUGCUUUAGCAGUUUCAAACACAAAGCAGUUGCUCAGACAACAAUACGAGCUGAAAUACCAGCAAGCAUCAGAUGAUGAGCCGGAUGAUAGGACCGAGACAUCAACAGUUAUAAAGUUGAGAAACGAUGUGAGGAAAUGUUGGAUGAUGGCCCAUUGUUGUAGCCCUCAGCAUGUUCUGAGUCGCUCUACAAUGUGCACCGCCUCCGGAGCUUUCUGUCUCUUGGGUGCUCUUGUUUUAAGCGUGGCCUUCACCAGAUCAAUUCAGAUGCACUUUUGUUACAUUCCCUCUGGAAAAUCUGAUUAUAAGUGGUCGACUGUGUUUGUAUUUCUUUGUCAAUUUUCUGCAGUAUGGGUUGGAACAGUAGCUCCUGCUUGGAGAUGGUUCAACGUCGUCAAUUCGAGGUGCCUUGAGAUAAAAUCAUGGAGUGAAUUCAAAGGCGAGUUUAAGGUUGAGAAGUAUUGGAUACAGAGAUUGAGGGAAUGGAAAGACCGCCCCUUACCUUUUGACAUUGGGAACAGGCGAUAUCGAAAGAUCCUCCACGGCUCAAGAAAUCUAGUCCUCAAUGUCGGUCUAUGUCUUCAAAUUGCUAUAGUUUUAACAAGCAAAUCUAUACGACUAGUAUCUAUACUGGCCGUCAGCUUGCUCAAAAAGACGCUAUUCUGCUUCCCCUGCAUCAUUCUACCGAGGUUGUUCAAGACAUACAGAAGUGUUUCAAAUGACGAAAUGAGGUCUUCUUCUGGUACAGAGAUAGACCUGAGAGAUUUCGUAUUGCAUCUCGAGGGUGAAGAAAAAUUGGUCCAGUUGAUUAUGAAACAAGGCUAUGUGGACACAGAGAAAUGGAUCUGCAGAGGUAGAAAGAAACGACUAAUACAUCUUACGGAUCUUUUAAAGAAAUGUACAAUUUCAGAAGGCUUCAAGGGAGUGGGCGAAUUUGACAGCGAUCGAGUUUCCUCAGUAGGUUCAAAGGAACCUCCUCCUAACUGCUGGGCUCUGACUUUGGUAACCCUUACGAGCAUAGCGAUUGCAAUUCCUUGCAUUGGCCAAAAUCUGAUCGAAUCGCUGAUACUUGGGGUAAAUGAAGGCCUUCGAUAUGUGAGACUUGUAGAGAAGAAGCUGGAUUUGAAAGGGCCAGAAAACAUGAUCGACGCAGCAGAUACAGUCUGGCUAGGUAUUGAUCUUUACCAUCGAUGGCUAGAUGUGGAUCUUGCUGUAUUGGCCCGUGAAGAUAAGGAUGCCAAGAAGAUAAUCGAACACCUUGCAGAGAUUGGAAAGAAUUGCAUUCUAGAGUUUGAAAAGAGCGCGGAGACUGUGGGCGAAAUCACAAAAAGCACUUUGAAGUGGCCAGCCAAGGCAUUGGCGGGCAAUUCUCUAUAUAGAAUCUGUAAAAGCAUUCUGGAUGACUAUGAAAACAAAUUUGGGACGGUGGAAGAACUGUUAGAAUGGUUGUCCAUAACAAUUUCUGAUAUAUUAGGCGCUUGUCUUACCAAUUUACCGCGUGCGAUAUCCAUGGAAUGCUUUUCCAGUGGGAUCGAAGCAAAGGAAGACAGCAUCAGGAAAGCAGCUUCUCUUCUUGGUGAAGCUGAAAACAUACUGGAUACUCUCGGGCACCAAGCGAUUCAAGAUCUGGGCAUUGAUCAAUUUGCCUACAUCGAUGACUGGCGUGCGAGCAAGCUGAAGAAGAAGAACCCAUCGGGCGUCCCUUCGGCUACUUCCAAUGUCGAUAUGUCUAGCGCUACUUCAGGUGAAAUACCAUGA